AGAAGAUAAACAAAAAGGAAGGAAGCCUUGGGCGACACAAUCGCGGCAAAAUCGGUUCAAAAUUCCAGCCUGCACGGUGUAGUUAGGUGCUACAUGCAGACUUGAGUCGCUUAAGUAGUUGCUGGUUCGGCGUUCACGAUCAUGGACGACGCGAUAAUAUUUCGCAUGAGUGCAUUCUCCGAGCAGGGAGGGAGGAAAUACAUGGAGGAUGUUGUCGAGAUCAGGAUCGAGUACGAGCCGACGCCGUCUCCAGCCGAGGAUGAUCCGAAGUCUCAGGGAGGAGCCGAGGGGGAAUCCACGAAACAGACUGAAAAUCAGACAAAUUCUCCCGAAUCGGGACCAGCUUCUGCGGCGUGGGUGGAGAGUUUAUCCACUGAUGAAAACACCAGUGCGCCAGAAUCACAGGGGAAAGACGCAGAGCAUGUGGUCGACACCCGGAGGUCGGUGGCAUUUUUCGCCGUCUUUGACGGUCACGGUGGGAGAGAGGCGGCACACUUCGCCCGGGAGAACCUGUGGGGUUUGUUAAAAAGACAGCGGGGGUUCUGGUCCAAGGAUCACAGCGAGGUGUGUGCUGCUCUACGAAAAGGUUUCAUCGCCUGUCACCACGCGAUGUGGAAAGAGCUGCCUGAGUGGCCAAAGACCAUAACUGGCCUUCCGAGUACAUCGGGCACCACUGCCAGUGUAAUCGUGAUCCGCGGAGUUCACAUGUAUGUAGCACAUGUGGGAGACUCGGCGGUGGUGGUUGGAGUGAAGGAAAAUGAGUCUGAUAUCACACUCCAGGCGCUUGAAGUCACACAAGACCAUAAACCGGAACUUCCUAAAGAGAAAGAGAGGAUUGAACGACUGGGUGGCAGCGUCAUGAAGAAAUCUGGGGUGAAUCGUGUUGUGUGGAAGAGACCCAGGCUGACACAUAAUGGCCCAGUGAGGAGGAGUACAGUCAUUGACCAGAUCCCAUUCCUGGCUGUGGCCCGAUCGCUUGGUGAUCUCUGGAGCUACGAUUUCUACAGUGGGGAGUUUGUGGUUUCUCCAGAGCCCGACACCACUGUGAUGACCCUUGACCCCAAGCGGCAUCGCUACAUAAUUCUUGGCAGCGAUGGACUAUGGAAUAUGAUGCCACCCAAAAAUGCUGUCAAUAUGUGCUACAGCCAUGAUAAAAUGGUGGGUCCGAAGGGAAUGUCUUGCGCACGGCGCCUGGGAUGCACAGCUCUUCUAUUCUGGCAGGAACGCAUGCUCCGUGCAGACAACACAACGGUCAUUGUACUGGCCCUGCAAGAACGCGGCGGCCCGCCCAUCCCUAUGCAUUUAGACGAAGUUGUUGUGGACAUGGCUACAGGAAUUGACCACGUUCCUUUCCCAGGAACUCCCUAUAACACGUGCGAGGCCCCUAAGAGUGGCACCCUGAGCGCUCCCUCCCUAUUCAAAGAGAGCACCACUCUGGAACAAGGGUUUGGCCUGUACGAAGCCGCUUUCUGUGCCACCACUCAGCUCCUGCCCGCCUCCGUGAGGGCCACACUGCCCCCUCCGGACGGCCCCGCCGCCGUCUUCGAGAAGCAAGACCCCACAACCCAAACGGACCGCGCUUCUCCGAGCCCGCCGUUGAAAAGGCCCCGCCGCUGUCCGCACGCCGCCCCCGAACUCAAAGGUCCCCACCGCAGGCCCGGCCGGCCCCCCGGCAAGAGCCCGAACCAGAAGACCCCCCACGGCAAGGCGCAGAGCGAACAGUCUCGACAAACCCAAACUGAAAGCAGAGAAAGGAGCUCGUCUGAGGAGAGCGGCAUCCUGUCACAGCACCACAACGCUGCCUUGUGUGUGUGCUGAGUCUCCGCUCAUCGGGAAUAAUCCACUUCAUGUUCCAGGUAUGCCACAGGCUCAUCCCAGAUCUAUACUUUUGAUACAAGCUAUUUGUUUUUGUAAAUAGAUGAAAAUGAAGAUUGUAAAUGUGUUGCUGUUUUAGUCUCUGUUUUUAUUUAGUUUUUUGUUUUGUUUUGGGUGCCCCCAUGUAAACGUUUUGUCCAAAAAACCAUUAAAAAAAAAAAAAUUCUUGAAUUCUUCAAUCUAUACUAUUUUCAUACUUUUAAGUAUGUACAGUAUAUCUAAAAGUUGUAUUUUAAAAAAAAAAAUAGAGUGCUAUGAUCUGGCUUAACCUGAUCUGCCAUGACUGGUGAAAUCUUCCAAUUUAAAGUUUUAUGAUCGUUUUUACUUGAUUGGUGGUACGCGGGGUCGGAUAUUACUUGACGGGGGUUAAAUACCUCAGACUAGUUGUUUGGGACCUGCCACAAUGGGCUGAACUGAUGCCACGCUCUCCUCACACGUGAGGCUGUGGCAAACUGUUGAGGGAUACAAACAGCGGUCUGAGGUAAUUAUGCGGGUAAUGAUUCUUAAUCUGCUUUGUCUUGAGCUAAUUAUAUCAUGAUCAAAAUUAUUACUCGGCUUGUUUUAAAGGGUCACUUCGCCCAUGUUAGAAAGUAUUUUGCGUACUUUCAGUCAUAGAAGUGACACUUUAAAGAGCAUUGUUCCAGUCUGUGUCAUUGUAAUUUAUUGUUUAAUUAAAUGACAGUUUUUGUUUUUUAGAUGUUUCCAUUUAUUUUUUUUGAUUAGAUGCUAGAGUUUGUUGACUGAGUGGGCCCCAACACAGCUUCAACAAGUCUUCCUCUUCUUUUCUUAUUUAAACUUUCCUUCAUGUAUAGUUUUUCAGUUGUUUUGAUCUGCACAGACAACACUUUAUGACGCGUAUGUUGUACAGGAAGUGCCAGAUUCAUUAAAUGAUCCAAAUUCAAACUUGCAUUCACAUGGCAGCUCAGUUACUGUUCCAGCUGAUUUUUGUUGCCUUGUUUUUUGUUUUGUUUUUCUUCUACAUGAAAAAAAUGUACAUGGUUGCCUUAGCACAUUUGAGUCAGAGGUGCUUUUCACACAUUUCCAUGAUUGGGAUCCAAACAGAUGAGAAUUUUGUGGCUCAGCCUCCACCUUCAACAUCUCCAAUCCUACUUAAAUGUUAUUUAGUCAAACUGCAGCACUAUGAAACUGGCUUCAAAUGGUCAAUGUUUUCUAUAUUGCUCUGGGCAGUUUGGCCUUUUUUUUUUGUACAGUACGUCAAUAUGCAAUAGAAGUUUGUACAGUAUUAUGCAAAGUACUUGUUUUCUUUUGUUUUGUUUUGGGUUUUUUUUUCUUUUCUCAGCAGUUUGGCAUGCUCAGAUCUACUCUGUAUGUUGUGAAGUGUCCAGAGGUAAAGGAUGUACAUGAGCAUGUGGUGUGUUUUGACAAUUAUAAUACUUUGGUCCAACUUUGUAUCCAAUGCAGCCAGUUUUCAGGAUUUAACUGUAAGAGUGACUGUAUAGACAGUGUCUGUGUGUUAUAAUAAACUGCUCAUUUUUCA